GCAUCUUCUGUCUGGUCUGCACGUAGCCAGCUGUCCCAGCAUGCACCGCGACGCCUGCAGUCUAAUUAUUCACAAAGAAAAGAGACAACAACCGGGUGGGAUCUCGGGCGCAGACACUCUGCGGAGUUCAAACCUUACUGGAGAUCGUGUGCUGACAGUAAGUUCCACGCCAUGGCCCUGAGGAGCUGAGAGUGGCGCCUUCCCGCAGUUAAAGGGACAUUAAACGGCUGGACAGAAGCUGGUGAGGAGCGGGGGCCCCUGAGGCAGCCAGAAGACGGGGAGGGGCCAGAGCUCAGCAGGAGCCAAUGCAGCAGCAUCAUCGUCAGCCUGAGCUUGUGGAAGGAAGCCUUCCCGUGUUCGUGUUUCCCACCGAGCUCGUCUUCUAUGCGGACGAGCAGACGUCUCACAAGCAGGUGCUCACCCUCUACAACCCCUAUGAGUUCGCCCUCAAGUUCAAAGUGCUGUGCACGGCGCCAAAUAAGUACAGUGUGGUCGAUUCCACAGGAGCUGUCAAACCACAGUGUUGCGUUGACAUCGUGAUCCGGCACAGAGAUGUGCGAGCGUGCCACUAUGGCGUCUACGACAAGUUCAGACUUCAGGUGUCGGAGCAGAGUCAGCGAAAAGCUCUGGGUCGCAAAGAGGUGACGGCCACGCUGCGGCCCUCGGCGUCGCAGGACCCCGCCAGCCCCCGGGGCCACGACGAGGACCGCAGAGUCAAGGAGCAGUUGGCGGACAGCGAGUUUUACGAGCAGACUGCUCAUCCUACAGAGAGCCGGCCUGUUGCUGGAGGACCCAGUCUGCUCACAGUGCUGCUGGGACUCGUCUGCAUGGCCGCCCUGAUGCUCCCGACGCUGGGGGAGCAAGAAUCCACAGUGCCUGUCUACCUCCACUUAAGUGUUAACAAAAAACUUGUUGCUGCUUAUGUUCUUGGUCUUCUUACGAUGGUUAUCUUACGAACAUGAAGUGCCGCCGGGAGGAGGAUUUGUGCGGUUUUUUUUUUGAAGAAGUCUUCACAUCGGAGCCGCUACUGUUCUUGAACCAGUAGAGCUGAGUGUGGAGGUUCCGACUUCUCCGUCGUUUUCAGAACGUGUCACUACAAAUGUUCGUACGAUUUUUUUGUUUUUUUGUUCGUUUUAUAGCAGGUUUCCUGCAGUGAGAGUGAAGCGUUUCUGAGCGAUGGAAUCUACACAGAAAAAAAACAGAAUUAAUGUACAUAAAGCCAUGAAGACGUCAUAGUGUUGACCUGUAACCGUCAUUAUGUGGAUGUUCGACUCUUCCACGCUGCAGACUGACAGAUGAGUGCAGUUAUUUGCACAUGUGGAAAUGUUUAAAGAAGAAAAAAAAGCUUUACGAAUGGAUUGCCAUUCAUAUUAUAUCAAUGCUCCAUCAUAUGUUUAAUAAACUUUCAGUACAGC